AUCAUCAGAGAUAAACGCAUUUAUCCUUGUUUUAAUGUUUUGUCGUCAGUUUGGCAUUGUAUUAAGCUAGAUACAAACGAUGGAGUAACUAUGCUUUGGCACGUCUGUCAUGCACCUCUUUGAAUUGAGACUACCAAGUUCUUUCGAUCAUGAGUGAACUGUCAAAUUGUUGUGAAUAUUUGAGUUUCAGAAGCAACGUCCCUUUGACAACUAUUUUCGUAGAUAGUAAUUCAGAAAAGGGAUGGAAGAUAUAUGAUUCUGGGCCUAAAACUGUCAAAUCUCCUUUAAUAUGCUUACCUCCCGUCUGCGGAACAGCUGAUAUCUUUUUCAAGCAAGUUCUUGGAUUGAAUGCCAAAGGAAUUCGCGUUAUCACAGCAGAGCAUCCUGCAUACUGGUCGAUUGACGAUUGGUGCAUUGGAUUUAAGAAAUUAUUAGAUUACUUGGAAUUAGAUAAGGUUCAUUUAUUUGGAGCUUCUUUAGGUGGAUUUUUGGCACAAAAGUUUGCUGAAUACACGACCAAUUGUCCACGUGUAGCUUCUUUGAUAUUGUGUAACACAUUUGUUGAUACAUCUAUAUUUAACAAUGAUGACAAGUCUAAAAUUUUUUGGGUGUUCCCUUCGUAUGUUCUAAAGAAAAUGAUUUUAGUCAAAUUCCCAUACAUGCACCACGACAAACUUAUUAUAGAUUCCGUUGAUUUUAUGGUUGAAAAGUUGGAUAGUUUAAGCCAGUCGGAUUUAGCAUCUCGACUCACUAUUAACUGUAUCAAUUCCUAUGUCAAACCGAAUAAAUUGACUUAUUUGAGUGCUAUAACUAUUAUCGAUGUUUUUGAUGAGUGUGUUCUAUCCAGUCCAGUAAGGGAACAGUUAAAGAAAUGCUACCCAGAUGCCAAGUUAGCACAUCUUAAAACAGGUGGUAAUUUUCCUUAUCUCAGCAGAAGUGAAGAAGUAAAUCUCUACUUGCAGAUUCACCUCAGACAAUUUCAAGACACUGAAUAUUCAGCUCAAGAAUGAGUGUGAGUCCUAUCUUCAUAAUGGAUUUAAAAGUCAUUUAGUUUUGCUUAGAAUUUGCUGUGCAUUUUUGGAGGUUCUGUCCUAUAAAUUACUUAAAAUUUA